CCAAACUUCUCCCCAGCACUUUUUUCUUCAGCCCUCAAUUUCUACACUUGAUUUACAAAUUCUCCUUCAACAAGCAGGAAGACCUAAGCUAAUUGCCAACUUUCGCUGUACCUUACAGCACAAUGUCCGACGACGCCAAACCCGUCAUCGACGAGGUGCCGAGCAACCCCGCCGAAGCCGUUAAGACGGAGGAGUCAGUGGAGGUGAAGCCUGACGCAAAGCCCGACGCAAAGCCCGAGGCCGCCGACGAGGCCGCGAAUGUUGAAUUCACCGAGGAUGUGAAGGCUGAGCAGAAUGAGGCAGCCAACGGCACCACUGAGGCUGUCAAGAGUGAGGAGCCAGUUGACGAGAAGCCUGACGCAAAGCCCGACGCAAAGCCCGAGGCCGCCGACGAGGCCGCGAAUGUUGAAUUCACCGAGGAUGUGAAGGCUAAGGAGAAAGAGGCAGCCAACGGCGCCGCUGAGGCCGUCAAAACCGAGGAGUCAUCCGACGUCAAGAGCGAAGAGAAGGCUACAAACGGCACUGCUGAAGACGACAAGGAGACAAACUCCCGCUUUAAGGAUGAGCGCAACAACAAGUUCGGCGACAAGCGCAAUGGCGACGGGAAGUUCCAGAAGAACUGGCGACCGAGGCACGAUGAGUUUGCGGAUCUCCCAGAGACCGAUGACCCCACCGAAAUCCGUGCCCAGGUUGAAUUCUACUUCUCCAGCCAGAACCUCUGCACCGAUAGACAUCUAUUCCUCGAGCUUGACGGCCCCAAGAAUCGCCCUGUUCCGAUCAAGCACAUAUGCCAGUUCAAGCGCAUGCGCCGCUUCAAGCCUUACUCCGCUAUCGUGGAGGCGCUACGGGAUAGCGAGGACCUUGUCGUCGUAGAUGACGGCGACUUUAGCGGCACCGGCAAUGAGGCCGUGAAGCGCAAGGAGCCCAUUGCGGUCCCGAAGAGGGAAAAAGACGACAAGUACCCACCCGACGCCGAAGAGCUCUACGAGCGCUUGUUCAAGUCUUCAGUCAACAACCUCGACGCCAGCAUCUACGUGAAGGGAUUUGGUGAAGAAGAGCAAGCUGGUCAGAUUGCGCUAGAACAGUUUUUCAAACCCUACGGCUCCGUCAUGGUCCGCAAACGCCGCGCUGACGAUAAGAGCUGGAAAGGCAGCAUCUUUGUCGAGUUCGAGAGCGAAGAGUCGCAGCAGCAGUUCCUUGCCUUGGACCCGAAGCCAAAGUAUAACGGCAACGAGCUCACGGUCAUGUCCAAGAAAGAGUAUAGCGAGAUGAAAUGCAAAGAGAAGGGUAUCACUCCGGCCUGGCUGCGCAACGAGGAAUACCAAACCGCUCGGGGUGGUUACCGUGGCGGCCGAGGUCGAGGACGUGAUCGGGGUGGGCGCGGUGGACGCGGCCGUGGUGGCCGCUACAACGACCGGUCAGAUCGCAGCAACUAUCGCGACAAUCGGGACCGUCGGGACCACCGAGACCGUCGUGGACGCGACCGAUCUCGCUCGCGGUCUCCUCCUAGGCGUCGAGACCGUGACGGUUCGCGUUCAUCAGAGGAGAGCAAGGACUGGAACGGCCGUCGCGACAGGUUCCAGAAGUCUAGGGAUUUCAAGGGAGACAAGCGGGGCAACCAACAGGAGGACCGCAAGCCGCUCGAAACCAACGCGUAUGGUGUUCCUGUUGUCAAGGAUACACGCACCGAGGUCGAAAAGGCAAAGUCCAAGCGCAAGGCCGAAGACUCUGAGCGCGGGGACAGCCCUAAGAAGCCGAAGAUUGAGAUCAAGGAGGACGAGUAGAUGGUGCCACUUCGCACCGUCUCGCAUGCUGUCUCUUCAUCGAAUCUCAUUAUCUCAAUGAUCUCCAUCCUCCUCCCUACAAGAAAGCGAUGCCUUCACCAUUCAUGGGCACAAGCUGGCUUUUCUCAGACCGCACACAGCAUGACUCUGUUUUCGCGCAAAUACUGCCCCCAGGGUAGUGACUAAAAUCUCUUUGCAUAUUGGAGCUAAAAACACGGCGUCAGGGUACUUUUCUUUUCUAUGGUGGUCUAUUCCAAGAUACCAUUAUCGUGGUCGGGCGGGCACUAGGGCGAAUUUCCAUGUUUCAGUAUUUCGUCUCAUACAGUGCUGUAUGAUAGUCUACGAUGCCAUGCUCUCAUAUGAAUACGAGAGACGU